UUCAGUUAGUAUCGAGGAGGUGUCGGGUGACAAGAAGCGUAGGAGGCUAUGGGAGGAGCAGAAACAGGAGGAUCCAAACGAUGAUAGUAUGACUCUAGACAAGCCAAAAAGGGGAGGCAGUGGGUCCCGAACACCAAACCCACUGGGAAUUUUAAUGAAGACUCUAUUGGUCUGGAGCAUGGAAGGGUCCAAAAUGGCAAGACAUCCUCAUUGUUUGCCAAACAAAGCAAGGCAUAGGAGCAGGAUCCUAUCUCGACAACUUCAGAAUGGGGUUAUUAUUAAAGCUUUAACGUGUUUCAAAAGUCUGCAUAAAGGCUGUCUAGAGUUUGAGAGCUUGUAAAGAACCUAUAGACAGUAGGAAGGCAUAAAUAUCUCUCUAUAUACAAACCGCUGUGGAAAUCCUG